AUGGGGGACACACAUGCGUCGAAGACCAGUGUAUGGCCAACAAGAACGGAUUCCAUCAGCCUACAAAAUCUCACUUUGCUUCACAAUGCUCAUUUGGCCACCGAAAGAAAACCGUCACCAACUCCCAGAGGAUCUUCCAAAAUCCGUUAUCCGAUCUCUAUUCCCAAAAGUCCGUCUCUCAAAGGCGAACCGACACUCUCACAAUGUCCAAGUCUGUCCCGCACAACAACCGCAGACACCGAUCCUGCCUUCACUCCCGGGUCUUCGCCUGAAGAAAAUGAGGAUUAUCUCACAGCCCUGACGUUACGAUCUCUCAAAGCAGAAAUCAUCGCGAUAGAUGCGGCCAAGACAGCUAUCGAUGCCAGUAAAUUAGCCAGCGAGGCCAAGCUAGAAUCUUUGAGCGCACAACAAGCGCUUAGAGAUUCUGCUAGAUUCGAGCGGGAGAAAACCAAUGUUAUAGUCCAGCUUAAAGCCAAGAAACAUGUCGCAGAAGUCGAAGAGAUGUUCGAGAAUAUAGGCAAGGAUGUGAAGCAGGAGAUGAAGGUGGAGGAGAAGAAGUUUUUCGAUACGUGGGAAGAUUAUAGGGAUUGGGAGGGCUAUGCUGAAAAGCUAAGUGAUAAUUGCAAGGGUGACAAGGACAUGAGAAUCAUGGACAAUGUGGAGGUAUCUAAGAUCAGUGGGAGGACGAGGGGUGUCACAGUUUCCGUAAUUGAUGAGAAUUUUGAGAUGAAAGUUAAGAAGUUGCAUCAACGAUUGGCGGAGAGUCGUGCUUACCAAGCUCUUGAGGAGAGGAAGCAAGCGAGAGAAAGAAUGGCGAGAGAGACACCAGUGGAGAGUGAUGUGGCAGGCGAGGAAGUUAAAGCAAGUACACGUGAAAAUAAGAGAUGA